CUUGUUUUCAUACAGGUUCGGUCAGUCGGAGGAGUUGGGCUGUAGCCUAGCAUUGGUCAGUAUUGUGCUCACAGAGAAAAGCCAGAACCUUCUUCACAGCAAUAAUGAAGUUCGUUAGGUUUAUAAUGAAAAACGCAGCCUUGGCCAGUGUGCCCAAACACAUCGAGCAUUUCUCUAAAUUCUCUCCCUCGCCGCUGUCCAUGAAGCAAUUUCUCGAUUUCGGUUCCAUCAACGCCUGUGAGAAGACAUCCUUUGUCUUUUUGAGACAAGAACUCCCUGUAAGACUUUCAAACAUAAUGAAGGAAAUUAACCUCUUGCCUGAUAAACUGCUCACAACCCCAUCUGUGCAAAUGGUGCAGAGCUGGUACAUCCAGAGUCUAAUGGAGAUCCUUGAAUUCCUUGACAAGAAUCCAGAUGAUCACAAAAUCCUGGGAGAGUUUGUUGACGCCUUAGUUACCAUCAGAAACAGGCACAAUGAUGUAGUGCCCACCAUGGCCCAGGGCAUCAUAGAAUACAAAGAGGCCUUCCCCCAGGACCCCGUAACCAACCAGAACAUCCAGUACUUUCUGGACCGCUUCUACAUGAGCCGCAUCUCCAUUCGUAUGCUCAUCAACCAGCACACUCUUAUUUUUGAUGGCACUGCCAACCCUGUGCACCCCAACACCAUUGGCAGCAUUGACCCUCACUGUCAAGUCGGAGAUGUAGUCCAGGAUGCCUUUCACAGCGCCAAGAUGCUGUGUGACCAGUACUAUCUCCGUUCCCCUGACCUGAUACUACAGGAGAUGAGCAGCAAGAAGAAGAACCAUUCAAUAAGCAUUGUAUAUGUGCCUUCUCACCUCUAUCACAUGCUGUUUGAGCUUUUCAAGAAUGCUAUGAGGGCCACCAUUGAGACCCAUGAGAGCAGCAACAACCUCCCACCCAUUCGAGUCAUGGUGUCUCUGGGAGGAGAGGACAUGUCGAUUAAGGUGAGUGACAAAGGUGGUGGUGUCCCAUUUCGGAGGAUCGAGAACCUUUUCAGCUACAUGUACUCCACUGCUCCUGCUCCACAGAUUGGAGACCACACACGGCCUCCACUGGCUGGCUUUGGCUACGGUCUGCCCAUCUCUCGUCUCUACGCCAAGUACUUCCAGGGGGACCUGCAGCUCUACUCCAUGGAGGGCCACGGCACAGACGCUGUCAUCUACUUGAAGGCGCUGUCCACAGACUCCAUUGAGAGGCUGCCGGUAUACAACAAAACUGCUCUGAAGAACUACAAAGUGAGCCAAGAGGCAGAUGACUGGUGCAUACCCAGUAAAGAGCCUCUAGAUCUGAGCAACUAUAAGGUGGCCAAGUGAAAAUGUCCCCCAGGUCUGGUGCUUCAAGCCUACAUGCCAUGAAGCCUCCAGAAUAUCUGUCUUCAUAUUCCCAUGUCAUCAUCUGCCAAGGCAGAUGGAUACAGUCUGGUUUUAGCAGUAGCAUGUUCAUGUUGUUUUCAGUCCCUGUUGUCUCUCUGGGUUCUUCAUAAGAAAAUAGACAAAUAGGAAACAGCUACUAACAGAAUACUUGUCACAGUCACCUCUGAGACUGCGAGCAGCUCCAAUAUUGCUAAAAACACCAACAGUGAGUGUGUGUGUGGACGUGGAGCCCAGAGUCAUGUGCAGCUAGAGAGAGAGAGAGAGAGAGAGAGGCAGCACCCAGCAUGUUAUGGGAGUAAAAAAAGUGUGAAUACGAGUGGACUGAUGAAGAGUAACAGAGGAGGGUUUAAGUUUUCCAGUUUAAGACAUUAUACAUGUAAUAAGGUUUUACAGCAGAGGGGCAUAUAGAGGCAUUUAAUAAAACAGAUGGAACCUGUUGUUGAACAGUUGGAGGAGAACCAGAUCCAGUCUUCUGUAGGAAAUGUCAACCAAGCCUUACAGUAGCAACUUCACCCAAAGGCUCUUUUCUUUGAAAUUACUUGAACUAUUUAAACUAAUACUCUUGUUGCACCUUGUUAAAUUCUAAGUACUGUAAUACUAUUGAAUCUGUAGAUUUGAACAAAUGUAUGACUUUGAAGUUGAGUGGUUUUAUGCUUUUCUGCAUGGGUAUGUGUUCAGGCUUUUGAUAUUUCAGUCUUUAAAAAAUUGAUCUCAGUAUUUACAUUCACUGGUAAGAUACAGUGUUAUCUUAACGUCAUUUUUUUGGACCAUGCUGAAUCUAAUCCACACUUCUGUGCAUUAAUUACAGAGAUGAAGAGUGUUAUAUGAUAGAAACAACAGCAGUAUAAGGCCCAAGUUCUCUACAACUACAACUUUUGCAGCCAGAGCAUGCAUUGCAGACCGGCCUGGAGUUUUAAUGCUGUUAGCAGAUUUCAAUGGAAACUAGUGUUAUUAAACCCCAGAAGGCAGCUCAUGUCAUGUUUGAGUUCUGAACCAGUCUGUGAUCCAAAAAAGCAAGGCCAUUCUCAGAUCAUUUAUUACACUGUGCCAUAUGAGGACAAAAGGCCCGGGGUCCAUAUGUGUUGAACAUGAACAGUUUUCUUUUGUAUUAUAUUUAUCUUAAUCAUACAGUAUGUGAAAGGUUAUUUUUAUAGCUACACUUUUGUGAAUGAUUGUAAAUACUGUAAAUACAAUCCAGAUAUUAAAAAAGUUCAGUAUAAAA